AUGUAUCGUGUGUGCUAAGACGUACUAGCCGAGUGUUGCAUCAUGGGUCAGCAAUCGCACCACGUUGUCCGGAGGAAGCUUCGUCCAGCACGGGUGCUCGCACUCCUCCUCGGGAUCUUGGCAAUAAGCUCCAUUUCCUUCACCACCCUUGGUGCCUUCUUCUCCUCCUCCUCCUCCUCCUCCUUGUGGAGCUCCACCUCCCAGCUAGAGAAGCCUCAUGGCCCUGUUUCUCACAGGACUCUCCUGUCAGUUAGUAUUACCAAUGCAUCAGGGAACAAAGGCGAGUAUCCUGAGGACAUAUUCACGUUGGAACAGCGUCGUCAGGGUGCAGUGAUCCUGCACAUGCUUGGCAUGCUGUACAUGUUCAUCGCAUUGGCCAUCGUGUGUGAUGAGUUCUUCGUGCCUGCACUCACGGUCAUCACCGAGAAGCUGGCCAUAUCAGACGACGUGGCUGGAGCCACCUUCAUGGCAGCCGGAGGCUCCGCCCCUGAGCUCUUUACCUCAGUUAUUGGUGUGUUCAUCUCUCACAGUAAUGUGGGCAUUGGCACUAUCGUGGGCUCAGCUGUCUUCAACAUCCUGUUCGUGAUUGGCAUGUGUGCUGUGUUCUCACGCGAGAUCCUCAACCUGACGUGGUGGCCACUUUUCCGCGACGUCUCCUUCUACAUCCUAGAUCUGAUCAUGCUCAUCGGUUUUUUCCUGGACAACAUCAUCAACUGCUGGGAGAGUGUGAUCCUGCUGCUGGCGUAUGCCACCUACGUGAUCUUCAUGAAGUACAACGCCCAGGUGGAGGCGCUCGUCAAGGGCUUGAUGAACCGUAACCAGGUGGUGGAAGUGGCUGAGACACAGCCAAAGGUUAGCGCAGUGCCAACAGAGGAUGACAGCAAGCUGUCGGCCAAGCCGCGGCUGCAGAGAGGUGGAAGCUCAGCAUCGCUGCACAACAGUCUGAUGAGGAACAGCAUCUUCCAGCUCAUGAUCCACACAUUAGACCCGCUUAGUGAAGGAAAGUUCCGUGAGAAAGCGUCCAUCCUUCACAAAAUUGCCAAAAAGAAAUGCCAAGUUGAAGAUGCUAACGGAGUGGCUGAUAAGAACCUCCCAAAUAGCUCCAGCGUGGAGGUGGAAGUUUCUCCACCUCUGAACGGCACUGCGGGCCAAGAGGGCGACGCGGGUGAUGAAGACGAGGAAGAAGAUCAGCCCCUGAGCCUGUCGUGGCCCGAGAGCAGCCGUAAGCGCUUCACGUAUCUCAUCUUCCUCCCCAUCGUCCUACCGCUGUGGAUCACACUACCCGAUGUCCGUAAGCCUACAUCCAAGAAGUUUUUCCCCAUCACGUUCCUGGGCGCCAUCUGCUGGAUCGCUUGCUUCUCGUACCUGAUGGUGUGGAUGGCUCACCAGGUUGGCGAGACUAUCGGCAUCACGGAAGAGAUCAUGGGGCUGACAAUCCUGGCAGCUGGAACCUCCAUCCCGGAUCUAAUCACCAGUGUCAUCGUGGCCCGGAAAGGUCUAGGGGACAUGGCUGUGUCCAGCUCAGUUGGUUCCAACAUCUUUGACAUCACCGUAGGGUUACCGUUCCCAUGGCUCUUAUACACUUUGACGCAUGGUUUGGAGCCUGUAGAGGUGAGCAGCAACGGCCUCUUCUGCGCCAUCGUGCUCCUCUUCAUCAUGCUCCUCUUCGUCAUCAUCUCCAUUGCCGCCUGCAAGUGGAAGAUGAGCAAGCUGCUGGGAUUCAUCAUGUUCCUCCUUUACAUCGUCUUCCUGGUGGUCAGCGUCAUGCUGGAGGACAAGAUCCUCAUCUGCCCCAUUUCCAUCUGA